AUGACGGCGGUGCCACUGACCAAGACGAGCAACCCUGCAGAGGAGCAGCUCCGGGCACAGUUUAAGAGAUCUGGCCUGGACGCAUUACGUUUGAAGCGCCCAUCUGCCAUCCAAGUGAAGGUGCCAAGAAGCGAGUUGCCCGUGUGUGCGAGCUGCGGCCAAAAGAUCUAUGACGGCCAGUACCUCCAGGCCCUGGACGCUGACUGGCAUGCAGACUGCUUCAGGUGUUGUGAGUGCAGUGCGUCGCUUUCGCACCAGUACUAUGAGAAGGAUGGGCAGCUCUUCUGCAAGAAGGAUUACUGGGCCCGCUACGGCGAGUCUUGCCACGGGUGCUCGGAGCACAUCACGAAGGGGCUGGUCAUGGUGGCCGGGGAGCUGAAGUACCACCCCGAGUGCUUCGUGUGCCGCACGUGCGGGGCCUUCAUCGGUGACGGGGACACCUACACGCUGGUGGAGCACUCCAAGCUGUACUGCGGGCACUGCUACUAUCAGACCGUGGUGACCCCCGUCAUCGAGCAGAUCCUGCCUGACUCCCCCAGCUCCCACCUGCCCCACACCGUUACCCUCGUAUCCAUCCCAGCCUCAGCUCAUGGCAAACGUGGCCUCUCGGUGUCCAUCGACCCCCCGCACGGCCCACCGGGCUGCGGCACGGAGCACUCCCACACCGUCCGCGUCCACGGAGUGGACCCAGGCUGCAUGAGCCCAGAUGUGAAGAAUUCCAUCCACGUUGGAGACCGGAUCCUGGAAAUCAAUGGCACGCCCAUCCGGAACGUGCCCUUGGACGAGAUUGAUCUGCUGAUCCAGGAAACCAGCCGCCUGCUCCAGCUGACUCUGGAGCACGACCCCCAUGACACAGUGGGCCAUGGGCUGGAGCCUGAGCCCAGCCCUCUGAGCUCCCCAGCUCACACUCCCAUUGGGGAGGCGGGCAGCUCUGCCCGGCAGAAGCCCAUCCUGAGGAGCUACAGCAUCGACAGGUCUCCAGGUGCCGGCUCGCUGGGCUCCCCGGCCUCCCAGCGCAAGGACCUGGGUCGCUCUGAAUCUCUCCGCGUGGUCUGCCGGCCACACCGCAUCUUCCGGCCGUCAGACCUCAUCCAUGGGGAGGUGUUAGGCAAGGGCUGCUUUGGCCAGGCCAUCAAGGUGACACACCGGGAGACGGGUGAGGUGAUGGUGAUGAAGGAGCUGAUCCGGUUUGACGAGGAGACCCAGAGGACCUUCCUCAAGGAGGUCAAGGUCAUGCGAUGCCUGGAGCACCCCAACGUGCUCAAGUUCAUUGGGGUGCUCUACAAGGACAAGAGGCUCAACUUCAUCACCGAGUACAUCAAGGGGGGCACCCUCCGGGGCAUCAUCAAGAGCAUGGACAGCCAGUACCCGUGGAGUCAGAGGGUGAGCUUUGCCAAGGAUAUUGCCUCAGGGAUGGCCUACCUCCACUCCAUGAACAUCAUCCACCGGGACCUCAACUCACACAACUGCCUGGUCCGCGAGAACAAGAAUGUAGUGGUGGCCGACUUCGGGCUGGCACGGCUUAUGGUGGACGAGAAGCCACAGCCGGAGGACCUGCGAAGCCUCAAGAAGCCAGACCGCAGGAAGCGCUACACGGUGGUGGGCAACCCGUACUGGAUGGCGCCCGAGAUGAUCACCGGCCGCAGCUACGAUGAGAAGGUGGACGUGUUUUCCUUUGGGAUCGUCCUGUGUGAGAUCAUUGGGCGGGUGAGUGCCGACCCUGACUAUCUGCCCCGCACCAUGGACUUCGGCCUCAAUGUCCGAGGCUUCCUGGACCGCUACUGCCCCCCGAACUGCCCCCCGAGCUUCUUCCCCAUUACCGUGUGCUGCUGCGAUCUGGACCCUGAGAAGAGGCCCUCCUUCGUGAAGCUGGAGCAGUGGCUGGAGACCCUCCGCAUGCACGUGGCCGGCCACCUGCCACUCGGCCCACAUCUGGAGCAGCUGGACAGGGGCUUCUGGGAGGCCUACCGGCGUGGCGAGAGUGGACUGCCUGCCCACCCUGAAGUCCCUGACUGAGCUCGGCCUGCCCGGCUGCCCCCGUCCCCACCUCCGGAGAAUCCACCCCGCGCCAGAUUCUUCUGCAGGAGGUGGCCGAGUGUGGAGCCCUCAGCAGGGCAGCAGGCACCCAGACCCCUCCCCAGUGCCAGGCCCUGACUUGCCUUCUUCUACCCUGAGGGCUGUGGCCCCUGCCCUGUCUCUGUCCCCGGCUCCAGAGCUGGCCUGGCUGCACACACAUCAUCACCUCGCCCUGCCUUACCUCUGUCUUGGGGGGCCACCCCAUCCCGCUUCUUGCAUGAGCUGGCGGGCCCGUGUGCGUUGGCCCCGUCCCGCGCCUGCCGCCCCGGCCGUCCUGCACACGCUCCACCUGUCUGCAGCUCCUCCCAGGCUAGGCUAGAGAACGGCUCAGCCCGUGCCCUGUCACAGCUGGGUACGUAGGAGGGCGUGUCUCAGGGGAGAGGCCAUGCUCCCAUCAGCUAAGCGGGAAGUCUGGGGCCCAUCACCCCUGGGGGGUCUAGGUAGCAGCAGAUAUUGAUAGCUAUCCAAACCCCCAAAGCAGACGGAGGGCUGCUCCUGCGGGGGGUGUCCACGUUGGUAGGCAGCAGCCCUCUUCCUUUGGGUCUUUUCGUUUCUUUGUUGAAGCCACUUUAGUGAGAAGCAGGUCCCAGGCCUCGGGAGGAGGGAGGGCCCCUGGGCCAGAGCUGCUGGGAGGAGCAGCAGAGGGAGGUUGGGCAGAGUGGACAAGGCAAGUGUUCACCGGCACCCCAGCCCCCGACGUUCAUCUCGGGGCCCCUCCUGAAGCCUUCCCCCGCAGCCCCUGCCCACGCCUCCCCACGCCCCUCUGUCCUCUGGGUUCUUUCUGUGUAAUCUAUUUUUUAAGAAGAGUUUGUAUUAUUUUUUCAUACGGCUGCAGCAGCAGCUGCCGGGGGCUGGGGUUUUAUUUUUUGGCGGGCGGCGGUGGGGGGCCAUGUUGUCACUUUGCUUCAGUUGAGCGUCUAGGAAGUAGCAAAACUGUGAAGCCUUCUCAGUGCACUUUGAACCUGGAAAACAAUCUAAAUAGGCCCGUGGGACUACGACUCAGAGAGGUGGGACACUAACCUCCGUCCGGGAAUCGUGGUGUCUGAGGAACAAACCCAGACUCAGAACAAUAAAAUCAAUUCCGUGCUCCCC